AUGGUCAGUACUUCACCACCAAAGCAUCGGAGGGACUUCCGUGUCGCAAUUAUCUGCGCGCUCCAGUUGGAAGCCGAUGCUGUGGAGGCACUCUUUGACUUAUUCUGGGACGAGCAUGGCCAUCGAUACGGCAAAGCAUCUGAAGACACCAAUUCAUACCGAACCGGGAUAAUUGGUGAUCAUAAUGUCGUGUUGGCAUACAUGCCAGAUAUCGGAAAGGGUCCUGCAGUCGGCGUCGCGGUGAAUUUCAGGUCGAGCUUUCCGGGCAUCCGACUUGCGUUGAUGGUUGGAAUAUGCGGAGGUGUCCCAAAUAUUGCGGGUAACGAUAUCUUCCUUGGCGAUGUGAUCAUCACCGAUGACAUUGUGAUAUACGACUUCGGUAAGAGAUUUCCAGCGGGGUUCCGACGGAAGGAGGCAGCAGUCAAUUCUGCAGCGAACGUUGAAGUGCGAGCCUUUUUAAACAAGGUACAAACUCGAAAGGGUUGCGAAAAUCUACUCAGCGGGACCAAUCAACAUCUCACUGCUUUGCAGGAGCGAAUUGAGGGUUAUGACAGACCUGCUCGGGACCGUGAUCAACUUUUUGAGUCGACCUAUCAUCACAAGCAUCAUGGCACCUCGACAUGCAAAAAGUGCAAGAAAGAUGCGCUUUGUCCAACGACCGAGGAGGCCACAUGUGAAACUUUAGAAUGUGACCGGAAAAGAUUGGUUGUUCGCUCGCGCCCAUCACCGGACGAGAUCAAUAUCCACUUUGGUCGGAUAGGGUCAGGGGAUACUGUCAUGAGGUCAGGAGAGGACAGAGAUAGAAUCUCUGCUGAGGAGGAUGUGAUCGCCUUUGACAUGGAGGGUGCAGGCAUCUGUCGGCACUUGCCCUGUAUUGUGGUCAAGGGGGUUUGCGACUACGCCGAUAGUCACAAGGACAAGAGAUGGCAAAAGCAUACAGCUGCUGUUGCAGCUGCGUGUAUGAAGUCACUUCUGGAAGAAUGGGCAACGGUUGACGAGCAUCAAGGAGUCGACGGACAGGGUGAAGAUCUCAUAAAAGCCUCUUCUUGCCUCAAUACUCCUCCUGAACAAAGCCCCUCUGAGUUACCUGGACAAAACAAAGCAUACGAGUCUUCGAGGAACGAGGACAACCCCGAUGACGAUUUAAUAAAAGAUUUUGAUCUAAAAACCACGCUGAAGACCCAACGCAUUGUCUUCUCGGAUCACGCGGAAAUCCUAUCGUCGGAUGGCUCUGGUUUUCAUGACACCCACCUCGGUCUGUCGAAAAAGAUCUGCUCAGAGCUCCUCCUAGAAAUUAGAUCGACGCUCGUGGAAAUCGAAGAUAUCAUGGGGGGUUUAUCCGUUGCCACCAAGGCAAAAGUACAGGACAAAACCGCCGUAAACAGGCUCAAGGGUGCUGUAGAAGACUUGAAAUCCUUAGUUCAGGCCUUUGCAUCCUCAAUUUCACAAACACCACAGGUCCGACAACCAGCCUUGUCGGAAAUACGUAUGGCUCCCAACAGUGGCCGCGACUUUCUACACUUCCGCACAGUCCAGACAGCCGCUGGGAGCCUCUAUGAAGCUCUUGCGACAGCCUGUAAUGCGCAUGCUGUCCAUGACGUUUAUCUUUCUCUUCAACCUGACAUGCACGAGAAACGAGUACGAUUCAAUGUGGCCUUCAUUCAGGAUGGUAUAAUGUCGGGAAAGGCAAUAUGGAUUAACGUAGAAUCAACCAUCAAACCUAUCGACUCGGACUUUCAAUUGGACUCUGCGCCAUUAUCAGGGAAUAAUUCUCAAAAGCGACCGAGGAACUCUACGGAAACAAACGCCCCGCUGAAAUCUCGCAAGCGCGUACAAUUCCACACUCCACAGAAAUGUGUUGAGGCGGUGUUGCGUAAAGAACCCAUUGUUCGAAUCCCAAAACUCUACCUGCAACGAGAUUUCUGCGCCUUGGUCGAGAGGUCGUUUCUCUGGCAGAAAGAAUGCAGUGAUUGCAUUGGGUUGCUAGGAGACAACGAUCUUUGUAAACAUUUCGCAUAUAUGGGAAACCAAACCAACAGCAAGACCACGUCCACAUCCCUCUCCCAACUUAUCGCACAGUCAGGAGCUGAGUCCACCAAAGCCAUGGGUCUCUAUGAACGCGUCCGACUCGCCAGAUCCCUCGCCACUGCCGUUCUCUACUACCAUUCAACACCGUGGCUCAAGAAGGCAUGGCGGAGCAACGACGUUCAAUUCUUCGGCUAUCACCAUCACUUGCUUCAACACGCACAACAGGUAUUACCAUACAUGACAACGUCUAUUCAAGCACCGACCUCAAUGAAGCCCCCGCCACGAUCUUCGGUGUACGACCACAUCAUUCGUAAUCCGGUUCUCUUUGGACUCGGGGUUAUGUUCCUCGAACUUGCAUACCAAGCUCCCCUUCGAGACCUACAACAACCGAUUGACCUCAAGAAAGGGGAAACAGAAGGUUUCGCUGAGUAUUUCACUGCCCACAGGUUAGCGGAGGGCAGCUACCGGAUGGUGAGCAAGAGCUUCAAGAAUAUCAUCACCAAAUGCCUGCAGUGCGACUUUGGGCAUAACAGUGACUUCACGAGUCUUGGGCUUCAACAGGCGUUUUAUCAUGAUGUUAUAUCGGGUCUUGAGAAUCUCGAGAAUACAUUUCGGGAAUUGCAGCUUGAUGAUCCAGAACCUGCCUAG